AUCAUCCUUUUUUUACUACACUUAAUUGCACGUAUUUACACUAUAGUUCGGCAACAAUGCUGAGAGUCGUUAUAUUCUCGGCGUUAAUUGCCGCUGCGGCGUCAAUGACCGACGAUGAUGGCUGGCUUAACCCACAAUACCGGCGCAACUUAAUUGUUGAGGUUGGCGCCGCGGCAUAUUCCCACCAAACAGUGGCCUGCGACCCCAAGGCAGUGGGCUCGGUUGCUGCCUGCUUUUCGCAAUCCAUUCCUGCGGUUGGCAAUGUCGACUUUCCCUGGGGCUCCCCCCAGAUCGCCUACCCCACCGACGGCUCCCCCUGGGGUGUGCACCUGACCGGCCCCUACCCCGACGGACGCACCUACCUGCUGUCCUGGUACACGGGUGCCGCUACCGUUGGCGCCAACCUCACCAAACCCAACACCAGCGCCCUCAAGACGGUCGCCGUGCUCACCAAGGGCGGCACCAGCUACCGCUUCAGCGGCUCCGUCAUCACCUACCUGCGCACCUACUCCGACCCCGCCCUUGCCAACUACCAGUACCUGUCCCCCUACAUCCACCACGUGCUGCUGACCGGCCUCACCCCCCGCACCACCUACCGCUACCAGCUGGCGGGCCGGGACGGGCGGCUGGCAGGGGGCUACUCCUUCACAACGCUGCCGCUGACCACCAACGUCUACCCGCUGCGCAUCGGCCUGAUUGCGGAUGUGGGUCAGACUGUCAACAGCUCCGCCACGCGGGACCACCUGGCCGCCAACAGGCCGCAGGUGGUGCUGCACGUGGGCGAUAACAGCUACUCGGACAACUACAACGCGGGGAACCCCAACCUCACGGACGGCAAGGGAACCAACCAGAAUCGCUGGGACUCCCACGCGCAGCUGUGGCAGUCGCUGUUCUCCGCCGUGCCGGUGCUCAACUGCGCGGGCAACCACGAGCUGGAAAUGAGCGGCAUCUCCGCCUUCAUCAACUCCACCACCUCCUCCUUCUCCUUCCCCUCCAACUACCCCUUCCAGUCCUACGCCGCCCGCUUCCCCGCCCCCGGCACCCCCGCCGCCUCCCUCGGCGCCAUCACCCCCGCCCUCUACUACUCCACCGUCAUUGCGGGGGCGGUCACCCUCAUCACACUCAACAACUACAUCCCCUUCCAACCCGGCAGUCCACAACACUCCUGGGCGCUGGCGGAGUUUGCAAAGGUGGACCGCGCCAAGACGCCCUGGCUGUUCGUACAGUUCCAUGCGCCGCCGUACCACACGUACUUCGUGCACUACAAGGAGAUGGAGUGCUUCAUGAGCGUGUGGGAGGAUGUGUUUUACAACUACGGAGUCGACCUGGUGCUCAGCGGCCACGUGCACGCCUACGAGCGCACCCACCCGCUGUACAAGUACCGCCCGGACUCCUGCGGCCCCGUCUACCUCACCAUUGGGGACGGGGGCAACGUGGAGGGGCCCUACCGCAACUUCGUGGAUGAGCUCAACCCGGCAACCAACAAGACGUACUGCGAGUCCCUCAACUACGGCGGUGUGGGCCCGGUGGCCAUGUCCUCCUCCGCCCCCACCGCCUGGGGCCCCGCCUACCAGCGCAUGUCCCACCCGCCCGGCUGCCCCACCCUCUCCUUCCAGCCACCCAGCGGGGUGGCGGGCGGACUGCCGCUGCUGCUGCUGAACAACACCUCCGCCUCCUCCAACACCUCCUCCGCCACCUCCACCCCCAACACGCCGCCGCUGGGCUUCUGUCAGAGCAGCCAGCCGGUGUGGUCCGCGUACCGGGACCCCAGCUUCGGCCACGCUAUCCUGGACCUGCUGUCUCCCUCCACCGCCCGCUUCCGCUGGUUCAAGAACCUGGAGGGCAACGCAGUGGCGCGGGACGAUGUGGUUCUGGAGCGGCUGGACAGCUGCACCAACCGGGGGGGGCCGCAGGCGGGCAGUGGCAGCAGCAGCAUCAGCGGGGGCCGCAGGGCGCGUAUGAUGGCUUGAUUGAGGAAUGGGAAUUGGUUGGUUGGUUUCAAUAAUAGUGAGUUGUGUCUGAUGUUGUGAUAUGGCUGUUGGACUCUUUCGAGGGGUCGUUACUGCUGUUGAAGUGAUCGGAUGCUGGCACAUGCUGCUUGCGUGCGCGCGGUUUGACAGCCCCUGGUUGGGGGUAAUGCCCUUGGUAAGUGUGUGCACUGGGAUGGUGUGGUGUGUAAACAGUGGAAGUGAUAUAUCUAUGUGUGCACUUUGCAUGUUGGGUUGGUGUGGUGUGGUGUGGUGUGGUGUGGUCAACAGCGCGCGCCCACCCCUGCCCUCUCACUCGGGCUCAGGCCGUUGUGUCGCUUGGUUGCUUGGGGGGGGCCGGGGGCGGCCCUGGGGGUGGUGCGUGUGAGGUGUGAGGGGCGGCUUGCGGGGUUGUGAAGGGCGCGUGGUUUGACUCACCUUGAGUAUGUGUAUUGUUUACCGCGUGCGUGCGUGACGCCCCUUCUUCCCCCGCCCCCGCACCCCGCGCAUCAGGCUUGUUGCCCUGCUGAGAUAGGCGGGCGGUCAAGCGGGGUUCGUCCUUUCUGGGUAUGAAUGAUGUGUGUGUCAGCAUGCUGUAGCUGCAAGUGCUUUCAGGUGACCUGGUGGCAACCUACUUAUUGAAUGCGGCCUACCAUCGUGCGUUUGUUGCAUCGGGGUGUGUGUGUUAAAAUAACUGUGUAUGUGUUUGUGUGUGGUGUGUCUGCCGGUGGCUUUCUCAAACGCCAGGUGUGUGUGGGAGGCUCGCUGCGGGCCGCUACCGGCUACCGGCGACCGCUGUUGUGGG